CAAAGGACAACUACUUUAAUCUUACACUCUGUCGGCUGUGGAGCGACUCGUGCAGGAUGAAUUGUGAGCUCUUGGCCACAUGCAGUGCUCUUGGUUAUCUGGAAGGAGACAUCUAUCAUAAGGAGGCUGACUGUUUAGAGAGUGUGAAAGAUUUGAUCAGGUACUUGCGACAUGAAGAUGACACCCAUGAUGUUCGCCAACAACUGGGUGAAAGCCAGAUAGUACAGAGUGACCUUCUGCCGAUUAUCACUCAGUAUGGACAAGACAAAGCUUUAUUUGAUGCCUGCAUCAGGCUCAUGGUCAACCUUACUCAGCCUGCUGUACUUUGUUUUGGCAAAGUUCCUGAUGAUCCAGUAUUUAGACAUCACUUUUUGCAAGUUACAUCUCACUUACAAGCAUACAAAGAGGCUUUUGCCAGUGAGAGGGUGCUUGGAGUUUUAAGUGAAACUUUGUAUGACCUUCUGCAACUGGACUGGGAGAAGAGGCAGGAGGAGGAUAAUCUCCUCAUAGAGAGGAUUCUGCUGCUGGUUAGGAAUGUUCUGCAUGUACCCGCUGACCCCUCCGAAGAGAAGACUGUGGAUGAUGAUGCAAGUGUCCACGAUAAGCUGCUGUGGGCCAUUCACAUAAGUGGGUUUGAUGACUUGGUCAAAUUCUUGGCUUUAGCCCAGAGUGAGCAGCAGUGGAGUAUGCAUGUGCUGGAAAUAAUCUCCCUCAUGUUCAGAGAGCAGACACCAGAGGCUUUGGUGAGUGCCGGUCAGGCUCGUUCAGCCCAGGAGAAACACCGGGACACUGAGGAGCUAGAGGCACUGAGGCAGAAGGAGCAGGCAGAAAGACGGACUCGCAUCUUACAAAGAGGAAACAGACAUUCUCGUUUUGGAGGGUCCUAUGUUGUCCAAGGCCUCAGAUCUAUUGGAGACAAAGAUGUGAUCUACCACAGAAGACUUCAUAAUUUCAAAAAUUACACCCAUGACAUUGGGAAAGAAGUGAGGCGGGUUCCACGGAGGAACCAACGAGCACAGGACUCUAAGGAUAAACGCCGUUCAGCCCUGAAUGUACGACUCUUCCUGCGAGAGUUUUGUGUGGACUUCUUAGACAAUUGCUACAACCGGCUUAUGUACCUUGUCAAGGAAAGUCUUAUUCGAGAGCAAACCCAGCAGCAUGAUGAGACCUACUACCUUUGGGCACUCAGCUUUUUUAUGGCCUUCAACCGUGGCAACGGUUUCCAUCCUGAAUUGGUGUCUGAGACCAUGUCCAUUCGCACUUUCCAUUUUAUCGAACGUAACAUAACCAACUACUAUGAGAUGUUGCUUACUGAUCGCAAAGAGGCCACAUCCUGGUCUCGCAGGAUGCACCUGGCACUAAAGGCAUAUCAGGAACUGCUCCUAACUGUGAACGAGAUGGACCGUUCCACUGAUGAAAACAUUCGUCAGAGUUCAAACGUUAUUAAAAGUAAUAUAUUCUACCUCAUGGAGUACCGGGAGAUUUUUCUGACCUUGCUCAGAAAGUAUGAUCAUACCAAACAGCCACACUCUUACCUCAAAGAUCUGGUAGAGUCAACUCAUCUCUUCUUGCGCAUGCUCGAACGAUUCUGCAAAGGCCGUAAAAACCUAAUGGUGCAGAAGAAACGGGUGAAGCGGAAAAAGCCUCGCGUUGAAAAGACACAGUCAGCUGUAGAAACUAGUCCAGAGAUUUUAGCUGAAACCUGGAAGAUUGUGGAGGAAGAGUUGAGAGCCACAGCCUUCCAGCUGUCAGAAAGUUUGACUGAAAGCAUCGUGCCAUUUGAUGCCACAUCUGACACUCCUCUUGAGGACCAGAGGACUGAGGCGAUGGUCCGGGUGCAGGACGCCCUGUUUGCUCGACUUGGACCAGAAGCACUUGGACUGCUGCGGGCCGCUAGGGAGGUGUGGCCUGAAGGAGAUGUGUUUGGCUCAGCUGAUAUAGAACCUGAAGAAGAACUGGAACUCCUAAAGCAGAUUCUCUUUGCCAACCUGCCACGUUCAAUUCCUGUUGAGUCUGUGGUAGAGGAGGACGAGGAUGAUGCAGCAGAGCUGGUAGAAGAAGAGCUGGAGUCUGUCCAGGUUUCUGAGGCAGAGUUCAACUUUCUAGACUUCAUCAAAAGGUUUGCCAGUCCCAUUAUUGUCCAACCAUACCUCCUGCUACUAAAAUCGUAUUCAAGAAACACGCCUCACACAAAUCACUGCAUCACUCGAAUGCUGCACCGCUUGGCGGUUGACCUGAAGAUGGACGCUCUGCUGUACCAGUUGUCUGUUUUCCACCUGUUCAACAAAAUCCUGAGUGACCCUGCUGCAGCUGCUUACAAGGAACUCGUCACCUUUACCAAGUAUGUGCUAAAUCGAUUCUUCUCCCUGGCAGCAAAAAACAACAAGGCAUAUGUUGAACUGAUAUUCUGGAAAAAUGUCGGGGCUGUACGUGAGAUGACUGAAGGAUACACUAAAGAUGGAGAUGGAAAGAAACCGACGUGGACUGAAGAGGAAGAGGAGGAGUUGCGCAAACUGUAUGAGGAGCACCGCCAUUCUGAAGUGCCAGACAUAGUGGAGACUCUGCUGCCAUUACUAAGCAACAGCGCCCGCACUCGGCGCCAUGUAGUGAUCCAACUGGUUCAUAUGGGUCUGGUUGGCAGUGCUAAAGAACUGAAGAAACAGAAAGUAGGUACCCGGAUUGUUCUUUGGACUGAGGAACAAGAGCAGGAGCUGCAGAUGCUGUAUGAAGAGUACAAAGACUCUGAUGAUGUGCUAGCUAAUAUCCUCAAGAAGCUAACAGCAAAGCGCUCCCGUGCACGUGUGGUGGAUAAGUUGCUCAGUAUGGGCCUGGUAUCUGAGAGGCGAGAACUUUAUAAGAAGAGGAAGCGCGGCACUCAGGGGAAACACACUGGGAAUCGAAUGACAGAGGAAGAGUUUCUCGCUGGGCUAACACAAGACUUCCCAGAAGAGCCCACAGAUGAAAGAGAUGAAGUGGGAGAGUCUGAGGAGAGUGAAGAUGAGGAUGAAGUGCAGGAAAGGGAAGAAUCACGAGAUGGCACAAAGAGGAGCCAACAUGUGCACUCCACAAUGGAGAAGAGAGCUGAUGUACACACCGUGGUGAGCGCUCUGCAGCAAGAAGGCAUGUCUGGACCUUUGUUGUGGCUACAAAACUGCCUGAACAGAACAGCAGAUGAUUGUGAAGACAACGGUUUGUCCCAGCCUGUACCGAUUGUCCCUCUGACAGAGGAAAAUGAAGACGCAAUGGACAACAAAGGCUUCCAGAGAUUGCUGCGUAAACUGGGAAUGCGACCACCUGCAAAUGAACAGGAGACCUUUUGGAGGAUCCCAGCAAAGAUCAGCUCAUCCCAACUUCGAAGUGCAGCUGCAGCUGUUAGUUUUAGGGAGGAUGAGCAUCAAGGUGGGGAGCAACUAUAUGGAGACAGAAGUCCAAGUGGAGAGCCACAGGACGAGCAGGCCUCAGGAGAACAGAGAACACAGGCUCUGAGAGCACUGCUGCUCGCACGCAAGAGGAAACAGCACUCCACAGAGCACACAGAUUUUACAGAUGAUCAGGACCCAGACAGUACAACUGAAAGGUCCCAACAGAAGACCUCAACAAAAAGAAGCAGAGUGUUAAAUGAUGAUGAGGAGAAGGAGGAUGAUGCUGCUACUGUGAUGGAUGUUGGUAAUGGCGGUGAUGCAGAUUCAGACACGGAGGACGUCUCUGCUCCUGUUAAACGUAGACGAAAGAUGGUGCUAAUUGAUGAGGAUGAGGACUAGCAUGCAAACUUUAAAUGGGCUGUGGAACCUGAAAGCAGAGAUGACCUGAUGUUUUGUGCUUGGGAAAAGAAACUCCUGCAUCUGUUCUUAUUGACAGAUAAGAAGCCACAUUUCUAUUUUCAUUUGUCAUGUUUUAGUAAAAGGUUGACUGAUGUCUUUGUGGUGAGUAAUCUGUACUUGUCUUUGAUGUUAUUGUUCUCUCUUAAUGUCCAACACGUGUCAGCAGGAGCGUCAUAAAGUUAAUGAAAUCACUUACCAGGAAUUCUUUGUUAAUGCAGCAAUUAUAGAUGGAAUCUGUAGCAUAGCUUGUAUUGUUUAUGUACAAUUACCUUUGUACAUUUGAGUUAUUUCCGAUGUUGACUUUGGGUUUCAGAGUAAAAAUGUAUUACUUCUCAUCAAUAAAUACAAAUUAUUGUUAUGUAUAUUGUAAGUAAUUUAUUUUGUCUUUACCCCACACUGGAUCCACUUUUUGUU